UAUAGUGUCCAGAUCAACACACUGUUUGAUCUGGUCACUGAGAGAACUGAUUUUUUUAUUUUUAUUUUACUCACUGGAAAUAGAAACUGACGCAGAGGUGCCUCUGGUAACAUUUGGUCUGUCAUAGUAAAUACAGACCCACAGAUCCCUUCCAGCUAAUCUGUCAAACAUAUGAAGUGAAUCUUGUUUUGUUUUUUAUCCAUAUCAAAAUCAACUCAGUCAUAUACCGUUAUGUCUGCUUUGCAUUAAUGUGCCUUUAAGAGUUAUUCUGCAGAGCUCAUCUGUAUUUCAAAAACUAAAACCAAGCAGAUUUUUGUAAUUAAGGAAAAAUGCCAGCUGCCAUCGGGGGGCCUCAGGGCUACACACCACCUGAGGGUGGCUGGGGAUGGCUGGUGGUGAUUGGGGCCUUUAUCUCCAUUGGCUUCUCUUACGCAACCGCCAAGUCUAUCACUGUCUUCUUCAAGGAAAUCGAAGUGAUCUUCAAUGUGACCAGCAGCCAGGUGUCAUGGAUCUCCUCCAUCAUGUUAGCGGUCACGUACGGUGGAGGUCCUAUCAGCAGCAUACUGAUGAACAAAUAUGGGGGUCGUCCUGUCAUGAUGGUUGGAGGACUCCUGUCUGGAACUGGGUUUGUUGCUGCUUCUUUCUGCAACUCAGUUGAAGCUCUGUACUUUUGCGUUGGUGUACUGGGAGGUUUGGGAUUGUCCUUUAACCUCAACCCAGCCCUCACUAUGAUUGGAAAAUACUUCUUCAAGAGACGACCUAUAGCUAAUGGGAUUGCCAUGGCUGGCAGCCCUGUCUUUCUCUCUACCCUGGCUCCUCUUAACACCUGGCUCUAUGACCAGUUUGGUUGGAGAGGAAGUUUUUUGAUCUUGGGCAGCCUGCUUCUCAAUUGCUGUGUGGCUGGUUCCCUCAUGCGACCAAUAGGACCUAAACCUAAACCUGCAGAAAAGACCACUGAGAGGAAGAGUGUAUUGCAUACAAUUAACAGCUUCCUGGAUUUCACUUUGUUCAAGCAUCGGGGAUUUUUACUCUACAUUAUGGGCAAUGUUGUCAUGUUGUUUGGUCUAUUUGCACCACUGGUGUUUCUUUCCAAUUAUGCAAAGAGUAAAGAAAUCCCUAAAGAGAAGGCAGCGUUUCUCCUCUCUGUGUUGGCUUUUGUUGACAUGGUUGCGCGGCCCUCAAUGGGCAUUGUGGCCAACACUAAGUGGGUCCGACCCAGGAUACAGUACUUCUUUGCAGCUUCUGUCUUGUAUAAUGGUGUGUGUCAUGUUCUUGCUCCAAUAUCAGUCGACUACAAAGGCUUUGUUAUUUAUGCCAUCUUCUUUGGAUUUGCCUUUGGCUGGCUGAGCUCAGUGCUGUUCGAGACCUUGAUGGAUCUGGUUGGAGCACAGCGCUUUUCAAGUGCUGUUGGGCUGGUCACUGUUAUGGAGUGUGCCCCUGUUUUGUUAGGGCCCCCAUUGCUUGGAAAGUUUAAAGACAUCUACAAUGAUUACAAGUACACGUACCAGGGCUGUGGGAUUGUUCUUAUCGUCUCCAGUUUCUUCCUGUUUGUAGGCAUGGGAAUUAACUAUCGACUGCUGGAUAAGGAGAAAAAAGAGGAGGAGAGGAAGGCCAGGGUGGGGGUUAGACAACUAAAUCCCAACUCUGCCAAAGAGGGUGGUGAGGUUAGGACCAGUGAGGACCCUGUCUAGGGCUUAAUUACAUGCCUGCUUACAUUUUAUAAUGCAAUCUAAUGUUAUGAGAAGUGUUUGUUCCUUUGUGAAAUACUUCACAACAUGUAUCUGGUUCACUAUAUGCUGUAUUUGAACAGUGUCAGUGAAAUCACAGAUACGCUUUUGAAUAUUUACUCAUUUAUUAAAGGCCUUUAAGCUAUAAUAAAAAUUGAACAUAAAAUACCUCUUAUAUGCAGAGAGACCGGUAUUCACAUAUGCUUGUUCUAUAAUGUUAGGUGAUAUGUAAUAUGGCUUUUAUCUUUAGUCAGGGAUUAUUAGUAACCUGUUACUUAAGUAUAUAUAAAUGCAUGUUAUGUUUUAUUAUAUACCAAGGCUACAGCAGAGCA